AUGGCUUUCUGUGUUGCUUACCAAAUUGGCAGGCAUGACAUUCAGUGGAAUUCAUAUCUAGAUCAGAUUCCUAACGGUAUUGAAGCUGGAUGGCAGGUUAGUCCAGAUUUGUAUGGAGAUAACAAUGCAAGACUUUUUACCUACUGGACUAGUGAUGCUUAUCAAGCCACGGGCUGCUACAACUUGCUAUGCUCAUGCGUUAUUCAAAUAAAUAAUGAAAUAGCAAUGGGGGCCACCAUUUCCCCUCUUUCUAGCUAUCAUGGUUCACAAUAUGAUAUAAGCAUUCUUGUCUGGAAGGUAUUUUAACAUAUUGGAUUCAUAAAUCUU